AUGCCACUCUGUCCAACAAAGAAAGUCACAUCAUCAAAUAAAGCAAAGCACACAAUUGUAAUUGCUCUUUCCAUCAUUGGAUUCAUUCUCUUACUAUUUCUUGCCACCUUGUGUUUUACCAAACAUGUGGCUAAGACAAAAGUUGAAAGAGUUUCUACAAAGAAUGGAGACUUGUUCUCUAUAUGGAACUAUGAUGGAAAAAUUGCAUUUGAGGACAUAAUUGAUGCAACACAAGACUUUGAUAUUAGAUACUGCAUUCGAACUGGUGCAUAUGGUAGUGUUUACCAAGCAAAUUUGCCAAGUGGUAGAACUGUUGCAUUGAAGAAACUUCGACAAAAGGAAUCUCAGAACCCUUCAUUUGACAAGAGUUUCCUCAAUGAGUUUAUGAUGUUAUCGCGAAUCCAGCAUAGAAACAUUGUCAAGCUUUAUGGCUAUUGUCUUCAGAACAGAGCUUGCCUACACUCUGAGUGUGACCGAAAAAUGAGACGUUUAUAGUUUUGGAGUGGUGGCGUUGGAGACAUUGAUGGGAAGGCACCCAGAAGCGAUACUAUCACCAUCUUUAUCAAGCUCUUGUAUUCAAAACAUGUUGAAGGAUCUCUUGGACUCUCGCCUUCGUCUUCCUAUGCUUCAAAGAGAUGCAAAAGAGAUAGUUUUAGUGGCAACAAUAGCAUUGGCAUGCUUGAAUUCCAAUCCAAAGUUGAGACCAUCAAUGCAAGAAGUGGUUUAAGAGCUCUCUGAUUCCAAACUACCAUUGUCUUUGUCUUUCUUUGAAAUUUCAAUUCACCAAUUGAUGACCUCAAACACCUGCCAAUAAAGUAAUAAGAAUUAAACUUAAUUGUGGAUCAAUUUCCAAAUAAAGGAAAAGACCCUUAAAAAAUUGGCGUAUGCCACUCUAUGCAAUGUACACACGGUAUUCUUUAGUAAAAGGCGAAAGAAUAGUUCGCUCUGUGCACAGUGCGUAGCUGCGUGCUCUAAGAAUGAUGUAUUUAGUGGAUUUUAUACUGGCUGUCAUGUCCAAAACAUUUGUGAUGUCUCCGAUGUAGGACUCCAAACGACAAAGAUAUUCACUUAUUCAUGGUUGUACAUGUUAUCUUGAACUGAUUCUUGUGACAUAAAAUGUCCCACCCUAGCUUUUUACAAUUAGAAGUAGAACUUCAAUGCUUCUUUCAUCCAGAACAUCAACAUUGUGCACCGUUUUGAAACUGAAACACUACAUUCAAGAUUUAGAGAAAUGGCCAAUCAUCUGAAAAUUUGUUCAGCUUGAAAUUUAACAUGUUGUAUAUCAAUCGGCUGCAAUUGUAUGUAGAAUGAAGAUAGAAUAACAGUCACUACUUUCUUGUGUAAAUUGAACAUCUAUUGUAUCCAAUUAGUGCAAAGUGCAAACAACUGAAUGAAGCAGGAACUUCAUUGAGAAGUGGCUCCAAGA